AUGAGCAGCUCGAAUGACUUGGUGGCCAGGCUGCUGUUUCGGUUGUCGCCGUUCUUGCGCGUGACGAUCGUGCUGAGUGGGGCCGUGCUCGUACAUCUCACGCUGGGAACAUAUCAUACUUUUGGCAACAUGCUCCCCUAUAUGGCCUCCUACCUCCGGAAUUACACGGACCACAACGUGCGCAUAGAGCAUAUGAUGUGGAUUCCGAUGCUGCAGGGCGCAUUUCCGUUCGCGAUGGUGAUUGGCGGUGCGUUGUCGCUAAAGCUCGGGUCGAGGACGGCAGCGGUUAUCGGGUGCUCGAUUUGCACGCUGGGCGUCUACCUCUCCUCACUUUCCAUCAAGCACUCCCUUCCCGCUUUCACAUUCACCUACGGGCUGCUGUUCGGCAUCGGCGAGGGGAUCAGCUACGUUGUGGCCGUCACCUGCGUCAUUAAUUGGGCCCCUGACCGAGUUGGCCUUGUCUCCGGAAUCGUAGCUGCCGGCUUCGGCUUGUCGUCGUCGAUUUUCGCCCCGAUUCAGACAGCCCUUGUAAACCCGUGGAACCACCCGGCCACCAAGGAAGGCUACUUCGUGCAGCCUGAACUGCUCGAGCGUGUGCCGCAAGUGUUCCUCACCCUCUCCACCGUAUAUCUGAUUAUGCAGUGCAUCGGGGUGAUUGUCAUCUGCGAUCCGCCGGAGACGUUGACAAGCUCUGGCCUUGGCGAGUACGGGCGUUGGCGGGGCAAGUCCCCCCGCUACCCCGGCGUGGCCUAUUCGGCCGUGUCCACCACCGAAGAUGUCGAGCCCCUGAUUCUGGAAAGCACGCGCCGACGGAAUCAAAGCGCCUCCUCAGACGAGCCGGUGCUCUCCAGUGAUGAGGACGACGACUUGAAGCACCCCCAAUCCCCAUCUCUCACCCCAGGGGAAAUGAUGAGGAGCUCAACGUUCUACUUCCUCUUCGCCGCCCUGUUCUGCUGCAGCUUCUAUGCGAACAUGUUCUACAAUUUGUACAAGACCUACGCCGAGACGUUCAUCAGCGACGAUUUCUUUCUGGCGCUCUGCUUCUCGAUCGGGAGCGUGGCAAAUGCGAUUGCGAGGAUUGGAUGGGGAUAUCUGUCGGAUAAGACAAGUUUUCAGCUAACAAUUGCCAUCGCGUGCUGCUCCGCAUCCGGGCUUUUGUUGUCGAUGCCGCUGACGCAGCACUUGGGGCAGACGGCUUAUCUUAUUUGGCUGAUCCUGCUAUUCAUUUGCAUGGCUGCAACACACGCCCUUUUCAUCACGGCGGCCGUGAAGUGCUUCGGGCCCAAAUAUAAGGGCCCAAACUAUGGCCUGCUCAUCUUCUCCACGAGCUGUUCCGGGACGAUCCUCUCCAUAGCCUCAGAAUAUUGGCUACCGCUGAUCGGCUACAACUGGGCCUUCAUCAUCACCGCAGCUUUUCCCUUCACCGCCUUCGUGCUCACCUCUACAAUCCAGUACACCAAACACGGCCAUUACAUCUGC